CCCCGCGCCGGAGGAGGAUCCCCGUAGCCCGGUGGGGCGAAGCAGGGGCAGCAGCAUCUCCCCAUCCCCUGGACUGAAAACAGCAGCAGCAGCAGCACUUAUUAGCACCUGGGGGCCUUACGUGGCCAGUGUCUUCUGAGCUGGUGCAUCGGGAAAGGGGGGACGCCCCGGCCCCCCGCUCGCCAGGGCCGACAUCAGGCAGGAGGACACGCGCAGACAUGGGAAGGAUUUGACAGGGUUAUUCGCCUGCCCCCACCAUUCCCGGGUGGUGCUGGUAUUUAGGGGGCUGCUUAGCCCCCCAUUCCACACUCAGCAGAGAAGAAGGUGGAGAGGGGAUGAAGCCUUUUAUUUUUGGGGAUCACUGAAAAGCCUUAAAAGGAGACUCCGGGAAGAGGAGGAGGAGGAGAAGGAGACAGGAAAAGCCUUCCUCAGGCAGGAGUUGGCUGAGCCCGGAGGAGGGGCUGCUUCAAGCGACUUGUGUCCCCCACCCUUCUGAAGAAAUUGCCACUGAUGCAUUUACCGAGUGGUACUGGAAGAGGAGGUGGAGGUGGUGGGUAUUUUGCAGCCCUAUCCCCCCCCUCCUCUGUGCAUUUAAUUUUCUUCUUCAUUUUAUAUAUUUUUCCUUUUGCUGCUCCUUCCUGGGAAGUGGAUUGCUGAUGCGAACUGAAUGGGAUUUUACACUUUAAUGAUGCAGUGGGAUUCUUUUCAGGAUUAUGUUGCAUGAUUUGAAUUUUGAAUGAAGGAGAAGACCUUUUUAAAUAUAUAAAUAUACUUCUUGCUCUAUAUAUGAUAAAAUUGGUGUCAAUCUUGAUUGAAUUUCAUUUUAAUUAUUAUUAUUUAAAUGUCAAGAGUGACUAUAUAUUUUUCUUUCUUUUAAAAGCAUUAAGAUAUUUUUAGGAUAACUCUCUUCUUUCAAAUUGUGUAUAUACUGUAUAUGUGUGCGUGAAAUUGACUUAGAGUCAGUUUUCAGACUAGGAACACUGAGGUGGAUUGUAAAUUCAGUACCGCCUUUAUUGCAUUGAAUUUGUUUAAAAACCAUAUGUUUUUCUUUUUUUAACAAUCCAUUUAAAAGUUAGAUUUUUUUUUAAAAGUAAUAAUAAUUAUAAAAGAAACCACAAUACAAACUGAAACAACCAUGUCUGGAGAGGUGCGUUUGAGGCAGUUGGAACAGUUUAUUUUGGAUGGGCCAACUCGGACUAAUGGACAGUGCUUCAGUGUGGAAACAUUGCUGGAUAUACUCAUCUGCCUUUACGAUGAAUGUAAUAAUUCCCCCCUGAGGAGAGAGAAGAAUAUUCUUGAGUAUCUAGAAUGGGCCAAAUCUUUUACAUCUAAGGUAAAACAGAUGCGAUUACAUAAAGAAGACUUUGAAAUCUUGAAGGUGAUUGGUCGAGGAGCCUUUGGAGAAGUUGCAGUAGUAAAACUGAAAAAUGCAGAUAAGGUAUUUGCCAUGAAGAUACUGAAUAAAUGGGAGAUGCUGAAGCGAGCUGAGACAGCCUGUUUUCGAGAAGAGAGGGAUGUACUAGUGAAUGGAGAUAACCAGUGGAUCACAACAUUGCACUAUGCCUUCCAGGAUGAAAACUACUUAUACCUGGUUAUGGAUUACUAUGUUGGAGGAGAUUUGCUUACCCUCCUCAGCAAGUUUGAGGACAGGCUACCUGAAGAUAUGGCUCGUUUUUAUUUGGCUGAAAUGGUGAUAGCAAUUGAUUCUGUACAUCAGUUACACUACGUCCACAGGGACAUUAAACCAGACAACAUCUUGAUGGAUAUGAAUGGACAUAUUCGGUUAGCAGAUUUUGGUUCUUGUCUGAAACUGAUGGAAGAUGGAACGGUCCAGUCUUCAGUGGCAGUUGGAACGCCAGAUUACAUCUCUCCAGAAAUCUUGCAGGCCAUGGAAGAUGGAAAAGGGAAGUAUGGACCUGAAUGUGACUGGUGGUCCCUAGGGGUUUGCAUGUAUGAAAUGCUUUAUGGAGAGACACCCUUUUAUGCAGAAUCCUUGGUGGAGACCUACGGGAAAAUAAUGAACCACAAAGAAAGAUUUCAGUUUCCUGCACAAGUGACAGAUGUUUCUGAAAAUGCUAAGGACCUCAUUCGAAGGCUCAUUUGCAGCAGGGAGCAUCGCCUUGGGCAAAACGGGAUAGAAGACUUUAAGAACCACCCAUUUUUUGCUGGGAUUGAAUGGGAUAACAUUCGUAACUGUGAAGCACCUUAUAUCCCUGAAGUCAGCAGUCCAACUGAUACAUCAAACUUUGAUGUAGAUGAUGAUUGUUUAAAAAACUCUGAGACAAUGCCUCCACCAACACACACUGCAUUUUCUGGUCAUCAUCUGCCAUUUGUGGGUUUUACAUAUACAAGUAGCUGUGUGCUUUCGGAUCGCAGUUGUUUAAGGGAUACAACUGGGCCAACUUCUAUGGAACUUGAUGCCAGUGUACAAAGGACUUUGGAGGAUAGCUUAGCAACAGAAGCUUAUGAGAGGAGAAUAAGGCGCCUAGAGCAGGAAAAACUUGAACUCAGUAGAAAACUGCAAGAAUCUACGCAGACAGUCCAGGCUUUACAGUAUUCAACUGUGGAUGGCCCGAUAACAGCAAGCAAAGAUCUAGAAAUUAAAAGCCUAAAAGAAGAAAUUGAGAAGUUAAGAAAACAGGUAACUGAUUCUGGUCAGCUGGAACAGCAACUGGAGGAGGCCAGUUCUGCAAGGCGAGAACUAGAUGAUGCUUCCAGGCAAAUCAAGGCUUUUGAGAAACAAAUUAGAGCACUGAAGCAAGAGAAAGAAGAUCUUAAUAAGGAACUGAUGGAAUCUAGUGAACGAUUAAAAUCUCAAACCAAAGAGCUAAAAGAUGCACACAGUCAGCGGAAACUGGCUAUGCAGGAGUUCUCAGAGAUGAAUGAGCGGCUGACAGACUUGCACUCCCAAAAACAGAAACUUACCCGUCAGGUCCGAGAUAAAGAGGAAGAGAUGGACAUGGUGAUGCAGAAGGUGGAAAUAUUAAGGCAAGAGUUGCGCAGAACAGAAAGACUCAAAAAAGAACUGGAAGUCCAUGCUGAAGCUGCAGCUGCUGAGGCAUCCAAGGACAGGAAAUUGCGCGAGCGAAGUGAGCAGUACUCUAAACAGCUGGAGCGUGAACUGGAAGGACUAAAGCAAAAGCAAGUUGGUCGCUCCCCAGGAGUGAGCAGCACAGAACAUCAGCAAGAGAUCACUAAAUUAAAGGCCGAGCUGGAAAAGAAGAGUGUUUUUUAUGAAGAGGAACUAUCCAAACGAGAAAUAAUGCAUGCUAAUGAAAUCAAAACCCUGAAGAAAGAACUGCGGGAUGCAGAGAGCCAACAGCUUGCCCUCAAGAAAGAGAUCAUGAUCUUGAAAGAUAAGUUAGAAAAGACCAGGAGAGAGAGCCAAAGUGAAAGAGAGGAGUUUGAAACAGAGUUCAAACAGAAGUAUGAACGAGAGAAGACUCUGCUAACAGAGGAAAACAAAAAGCUCUCAAAUGAGCUUGAUAAGCUCACCGCCAUGUUUGAGAGGCUAAGUAUGAACAACCGACAGCUAGAAGAAGAAAUGAGAGACCUGGCAGAUAAAAAGGAAUCUGUAGCACACUGGGAGGCCCAAAUUACUGAAAUCAUCCAGUGGGUGAGUGAUGAAAAGGAUGCUCGAGGGUAUCUACAAGCCUUGGCCUCUAAAAUGACAGAAGAAUUAGAGGCUCUGAGGAACUCCAGUUUGGGUGCAAGAGCAACUGACAUGCCCUGGAAGAUGCGCCGCUUUGCAAAACUGGAUAUGUCAGCAAGGCUGGAACUGCAAUCAGCUCUUGAUGCAGAAAUCCGAGCAAAACAGGCCAUUCAAGAUGAGUUAAAUAAAGUUAAAGCUUCCAGCAUAUCUACAGAAUGUAAACUUCAAGAGUCAGAAAAGAAGAACUUGGAACUGUUGUCAGAAAUUGAAAAACUGAAAAAAGAGACAGAAGAACUUAGAUCAGAAAAGGGUGUAAAGCACCAAGACUCACAGAAUUCUUUCUUGGCAUUUUUGAAUGCUCCUACCUCUGCUCUGGAUCAAUUUGAAGAUUCCUUUUCUUCUUCUUCAUCCUCAUUGAUUGAUUUUAUGGAUGAUCACUCUCCUUCCUGUAUUCCAGCUAACAAAGGCAGACGUAUUGAUUCAGUUGAGAACUUUACAUUGUCUAAUACUCCUUCACGGGAUGAAGAUAUCAAGUCUCACCUCCAUUCAAGAUCUAGGUCUCCUUCCACAGCUAGUGACAUCGAACCGAUUGAGGUUACAGAUCAUCCUCCACGCUCAGUUCACACACCAGCCAUGAGACCGGCAUUUAUUGGAUCAGGACUCUCUGCACCAAAGCCUAAGGCCCAUCAAUUUGUAGUGAAAUCUUUUAAUACUCCUACAAAAUGCAAUCAGUGCACAUCUCUGAUGGUUGGCUUAAUAAGACAGGGCUGCACUUGUGAAGUGUGUGGAUUCUCAUGCCAUGUGACAUGUGCAGACAAGGCGCCAGCAGUGUGCCCAAUCCCUCCUGAACAGACCAAAGGCCCUUUGGGGAUAGAUCCGCAGAAAGGCAUAGGAACUGCAUAUGAAGGUCAUGUCCGCGUUCCUAAACCAGCUGGAGUAAAAAAAGGUUGGCAGAGAGCACUGGCCGUGGUCUGUGAUUUCAAACUUUUCUUGUAUGAUAUAGCAGAAGGCAAAGCAGCCCAGCCCACCGUGAUAGUGAGUCAGGUUAUUGACAUGAGGGAUGAAGAAUUCUCAGUGAGUUCUGUCUUGGCCUCUGAUGUCAUCCAUGCAAAUCGAAAAGAUGUUCCCUGUAUCUUUAGAGUUACAGCUUCUCAGCUCUCUGCAUCCAGUAAUAAGUGUUCGAUCCUGAUUCUAGCAGACAGUGAGAAUGAAAAAAGCAAGUGGGUAGGAGUACUGAAUGAAUUGCACAGGAUUUUGAAGAAGAACAAACUCAAAGACCGAUCAGUAUAUGUUCCCAAAGAGGCUUAUGACAGCACCCUCCCUCUCAUCAAAACAACCCAAGCAGCAGCAAUCAUAGAUCAUGAAAGAAUAGCUCUGGGCAAUGAAGAAGGACUGUUUGUUGUGCAUGUCACCAAAGAUGAGAUUAUUCGUGUUGGUGAUAAUAAGAAAGUUCAUCAGAUUGAGCUCAUCCCUAACGAACAGCUCAUUGCAGUGAUCUCAGGACGAAACCGUCAUGUACGGCUUUUCCCCAUGGCAGCCCUGGAUGGAAGAGAGACUGAGUUUUAUAAACUGGCAGAGACAAAGGGCUGCCAGACAAUAGUUUCUGGACAGUUACGCCAUGGAGCCCUUACUUGCCUAUGUGUGGCUAUGAAAAGACAGGUCCUUUGUUAUGAACUGAAUCAGACCAAGAUGCGUCACAAAAAAAUGAAGGAGAUCCAAGUCUUGGGUAACGUCCAGUGGAUGUCGGUCUUCAGUGAGCGGCUCUGUGUGGGUUACCAGUCAGGAUUCCUAAAAUAUCCCUUCCAUGGAGAAGGGAACCCACACAGUUUGCUCCACCCAGAUGACCAUACGCUAUCAUUUAUUGCACAGCAGCCAACUGAUGCCAUCUGCGCAGUCGAAAUAUCAAAUAAAGAAUAUCUGCUGUGUUUUAGCAGCGUUGGGGUUUACGUUGACUGUCAAGGCCGAAGAUCUAGACAACAGGAAUUGAUGUGGCCAGCAACACCAUCAUCUUGCUGUUACAAUGCACCAUACCUCUCCGUAUACAGUGAAAAUGCAGUUGAUAUCUUUGAUGUGAACUCCAUGGAAUGGAUUCAGACCAUUCCACUCAAGAAGGUACGACCAUUGAAUACAGAGGGAUCACUAAACCUUCUAGGACUGGAGACAAUUAGAUUAAUAUAUUUCAAAAAUAAGAUGGCAGAGGGAGAUGAACUGGUAGUUCCUGAGACAUCAGAUAAUAGCCGGAAGCAAAUGGUUCGAAACAUCAACAAUAAGCGUCGUUAUUCAUUCAGAGUACCAGAGGAGGAAAGAAUGCAGCAGAGGAGGGAGAUGCUACGAGAUCCAGAAAUGAGAAAUAAAUUAAUUUCUAAUCCAACUAAUUUUAACCACAUAGCACACAUGGGUCCAGGAGAUGGAAUACAGAUCCUCAAAGACCUGCCUAUGUGGCAUUGAUUUUUAGAAGAAAGAACAAUGAAACAGUUGCUCUGAGGGGAUAAACGCAUAUAAGGAUUAUAUGGACUUUCCAAACAAAUAUAAGUGAAAACAGUGGUACUCAAAUAUUGUGCCUGCCAACUUUAAUAGUUUACUGUAUUACAGGUGAUCUAUUUAAAAUGAAGGUAUUCUUUCCAAGGAUCAACAUUUUGUUUUCAACCCUACCUCCUUUGUUGUUUAGGAGGUUAGCUACCUUAUCAUUUAACAUACUGAUUCUCUUUAAAGAAUCAUAACCACCUAAUCUCAUAAAAGAGUCACCUUUUGCAGUUAAUCACAGCAUAUAGCAACUCAAGGUGCUGUAUUUGGUUUUCCCUGAUGUGUCUCAGAAUACUUCAAUAGGCAAACACCCCGAUAGUCUAAUUCCUUAUCAUUUUGUGCACUCUUUACUGUUACUGUAAUAUAAAUAUGCUUAUGUUGUUGAAAACUGUAUCAAAAUUGUCUACCAUGCUAGAUGGCACAAGAACAAGCACUAGAUACUUCAAUGAAUGUUUUGUGAUAAGUGAAAUGAUGUUGUCAUAUGUAUUUCAUUUGUUCACUGCUUUCUGAAAAAAGAGCAUCCAAACCAUGCAGGACAAGAUAGUCUUGUGAAUGAUUUGAAAGACAUUUUAACACUUGCAGGUAUUUACUGAAGUACUGUUGGAAAUAAUCCAACAUUGGCAGGGAGACAGACUGGAUAAUCAAUAGGGCUUUUCCAUCCCGAAAGUCUCAGAUUCUAAUAUGUUAGAAGCUGAAAGAAAGCAUGGGAAAAAUCACAGUUCUUGUUUGCUUAUUGCACAUUAAAAAUGAAUUGCUUCUUCCUCAAGUGAGAAUGAAGAGGAGGCUCUCUUAUGACUGUAGGACUGAUUGUAAAUACAGCAUUAAAAAGAAUGGCAGUAACAAACAAUAAUUCUUAGCACUUUACAUGUUCCAAUUGCAUUGCCAACUUUAAUCCACUCAUGGACAAAAGACACUUUAUAGAUAAUAAAUAACUAGAGAAAUGGACAGAUGCUUUAAAUUAUUGUACAUAAUCUAUUGGAGGAAACAAGUAUAUAGCUAAAGAAAUGUGUUUUAUACACCUAUUUAUCAGCUGAUGAGAACCACAAAGGGUGAUGUGAUGCAAACUGCAUGAAAUAGUUCAAGCUCACAUUUUCCCCUGUACACUGGCUUUCUAAACUCAUUUAUAUGCCUGUAUUAUUAUUGACAUGCUGUUAGACAAAAAUAACUGUAACUUAAUAUUAAAUUAUUAUUCAAUAAAAGACAAAUAUUAUUGUUUAAUAAAAUGGUGUGGCAUUAGAUGUGUGUUCAGCUCUUUAACAUUUCUUACUGUGGGGACUAAAAGUGUCAGGAUAAUGCUGACUUCCUUCCUCAUGUCUUGUAAAAGUAAAUUUGAGAUCCCAUGCAGCUAAGAUAUAUGAUAAAUAGUAAUGGUGGACAUAAAUAUAGGUGAGAAAAAUGUAUUUAAAUGUAACAAUAAAAGGGUUAUAAGCUAUGGUACUCAGUACAGACAACAUAAUUGUAUGUACAAGGGAAAUGGCUGGAGAGUCUGCUAAGUUUCGGGCGGGGAGAAUGGGAAAUUGCAUUGCAACAAUGGAAUGUCUGGGUUAGGGAUUUUCCCUAACACAAAAAUGGUGUGGGUCAGGCUGAGCUGCUUAUUUUUUGUGGUGUAGGAUAUUUUGCUAACAAAUUACUACAUGUCUGAUUCUAUCUGAGAAAAUGCCCACAGGAAGGUUGGGCAAAGCUCAUUUUCAACUGUUUUACUGAAUGUUUAAGUUUUAGUAACAGUCUUGCUUCAGAAGGCAGCUGCAAUUGUGAAUUUUCUUUCAUACUUAGCGGCAUUAUCUUAGUAUAAUGAAGAUUUCAUGGGCAUUAGUGACAGAAAGAAGUAUAAGGAGAAGUGGUAUUUUAAAGAAGAAAUGUAAUGAGUACUGCUUAGGGCGAUACAUUGUUUGGUUCUUUUUUUAAAGAAGGGGGCUGUGUUUUCACCUUCGUGCGAAGAGGAUCAAUAUACCUAAUGUGUUCUAUAUGCAAACCAACUGGGGAGCAAGAUAAGUACAUGCCUAUCUUCAACCAAAGAUACAGAGACAGGCAGUCACACUGGAAACAGUAGAGUGAGUCCUAAUUUGGGAUGAUAAUAAAAGAAAAUACUUACAGAAAACCAAAACAUCUGAUUAGUGUUAAGAGUAAAUAUUCUUGUCUCUGCAAUAUAAUCUGAAAACAGAACGCCAAAGUUUGCUCCUAACUAUUCCCAGGAAUUUCUGGAGUAACUCCACAGAAACUGGUGGAGUUACUUGAGCAUAAUUGAAAGCACAGUUUGAACUAAUACAUCUAUAUAGCCACAAGAAAUACACUGCAGGCAUGUCGUACAAAAUAUAUACAAGUCAUGAAUUAUGGCAUCAAAGAUGUACAUUUUAACAAAGUACUACUUGGAGAGCUAUAGCUAGCAACAGUGCAUUACAUUAAGCAUCUUUUUUUUUUAAACUGACUAUAUUAUCUAAAUUUGUACCAGUUGUCUGGCUCGUUGUUAGCAUCAGCAAGGAAAUUCUGAUUCUAUUAGAAUGGUCCUUCAGUCAUCUGCAUGUGUCCAUGUAAUCCUGAACUUUGCUUUCAUGCUAUUUGUUCCUCCAGUCUCUGCACUUACUUGCACAAUGGUAUCCUGCAAAUUUGCAGACUUAUCACCCAGAAAAUUAACUCUGAAAAGUUUGGGGAUUGGGGUGUUGUGGGGGUUUUGUUUAACUCUCCCUGUAGCAUCCACUGCUGACCCAGCAGUAAAUUAAGAAAAACCUUUCUCUUUCUGUCU